GGCCCUUCCAUAUCUUGGAGCAUCUCUUGGACCUCCAGCGCUUCCGGCAUUCAAAGGAGAAGAUCUUGAAGCGGUGUGGUUGCUCAGUCACUCUCACUGGUUUGCAGAUCUUCAGCGUCAGUUUUGAGGCACCCAAUGCCCUGAAGAUGGCUCGAGAAGGGCCAACCAAAGAGGAU